ACCCACGCGAGGGCGACAGACCAAGGAUAACACCUGUGCUCAUAUUACUCCAAACUACUCUUGUGUGAAUGACGGAACUUGACAAGGCUACAGAGGUGCUCAAAGCUGCCGUCAAGCAAAGCGGAAUCGACAAGCGCGUCGGCGAUGUUGUCAGCCAGUUUACUUCGUACCUUAUUCUCUUGAAAUCGUCGUCUCCUUCCUCACAAUCAAUAUCAAAACUUCGUUCUAUCCUUCGUCGACCUCUAGUUCCCUUGUAUGCUGCCGUUCCCGGACCUGCGCUCCAGCUUUCCUCUGCUGUACUUCGAAAAGUAGUCGAUGAAAAACUGAGAAAUGCCCUGAAUACUCAAAAUCUUCAACUAAGCGCCUGGUGGAAUGACGUUGCAGUUGCGCUUUUAUCAGGUGUCCUGGAUUUUCUUGAUAAACACGGUGAUGAUAUGACCAAGGAAACCAUUGCAUUAGCGUUUUAUCCGACUAUAUGCACGCUCUUCUUCUAUCAGGACUCCUCCUUAACACUUUUACCACGAACACAAAGAACGGCAUAUUCUCUGUUACAUGGAACGCUUAGCAGACAUCCAGGCAAUCAACGGAGGCUGCGGGAUCAUGCUGUUCUUGGAGGGUCGCUUAUUGGCAUAGCCAUCUCACAGUCCAAGGACUACCUUGUAAUCGAAGCCCUUCUAGAUAUAGUGGGAUGGUUGAUCCCAAUAACGAACCAAACAGAGAAAGGGACAGUGAAACGGACAGAGUUCAUCAACAACCUUUUUGGUUCCGAGAAGCACUUCAGCUGUAGUUCAGAACUAGUCAACACCCUCCAAUACAUUAGCAGCUCGCACUGGGAGGAUACGGUAAUGAAGAUCAUGGAUACUUUGGCCAGGAGCGAUAUCACCUUCCCUCAAUCAUUUGCCUUGGAUGAAGUCGAAGUAUGCGGCAAAUGUUAUCCUCAACCGACUGCAUUUGACCGCUUGCACUUGGAUAGAGAAUAUUUCCUUGCCAACGUUGUUGAGCAGGAUGAUGUCUGCGACAGCUUGAAGAUCUCCUAUGGUCAUAUACGCUCCGUCACGAUCGACGUGUCAAAGGCGCCACCGCAUGGCAAAGUCAUUGUUCAUGUCGAUUUAACAACUCCACCAAGUAUUGAAGACGUGUCGUUUGACAUCCCGGCAGGUCAAAAGCUUUACUUAAAAUUCGAAAUUCAACGGGAGGAUUUAAGCAGGCUCAUGGAGGCUUUACGGAGGCGUGGUAUAGUCAAGCUCAGUUUCAUAGGUGAAAAUCCCCAACAACAAGCUAAAAAACGGAGAAGUGUUGGUCUCGCACAUAGCAUCAGACUUUCGGGCGACUCUUCACCCUCACCACAAGGGUCACAGUAUGAGGAUAAAGUUAAACAUGUUCAAAAUGUGUACGAAACCAACUUCCCGGAUGAUGCACGAUCUAUCACUGCCCACUCUGAGCAAGAAUCCAUGUCGGCGCAGCAGGCGCUACCCCGAAUUCCGGCUAACCAGCCUGAGGUUCAGGAGUUCAAAAAUGACGCCAGCGCUGAGCGUGCCCAAAAGAUUGUCCCCAGACCCCGGCCUGUAUCCAAGUCCGCGAAAAAAGUUGCGCCUCUUCCAAUUACUCCGCCUCGCAAAAGUCCUGCAAAAGACGAUCCCAUUAGUGCAGUACACGUCUCCGUGUUUGGCGAAAGCGAUGACGAGCUCCCCGAAAUAUCUGACGACGAACUUCUCAAACCUGUCGCCGACGUUCGCCUCAUAGUCCAUCCAGCACAAAUUGUCAAAGCCACACCAGCUCACAGUCUUAGCGCAAAAAGCAUCAGUUUUCAACCAGCGCCUCCGACCAAACGCAUCGCCAAGCGAAGGUUAAUUGUGGAAUCCGACGAAGAAGAGAUACGAGCCACGCCCAAGGCCGCUCAGAGGGCGACAGUUUCACCAGCUAAGCCAGACAUUAACGUAAAGACGGCAACGACAGAACUUAGCAAGACACGCCGCAUCGAUGGCAAAUGUUCUUCCACCCUGCAGUCGCCUAGCACUAUCGAUACAGAUCCAGAAAACGUUCCCCUGGAAGUCAAAAGGCCGAGUACACUAUCCAACAAAGAGACCAGUCACCCAGGACCAACCAAUAAUGUCGCCAGAACACAUCUCGACGACGAUGCCUUCUUGCAAGAUGCUUCUGUUGUACCACCAUGCAAGGCUAUACCCGACGCGGAACUGACUGCACACGGAAUCAUACUAACUUCACCUAUGAAGAAUCUGGCGACAGGUAAAGAAACUAUGAGGCGUGUGCUCCCUUCAAAACUCGCAGAUUUAGCCAAUAUACCAGCGAAGCUGGCAGGCACUCGACGCAAACGGGAUGACGCAAAUUCCUCCACGAGAGCACCCAAGGUUCCAGAGGACGAUCAUCCACCCAAGAAGAAGGCCCGUAACACUGGCGACAUCCCUAUCAAGCGUGCAGCAAGUAUACUUCCUGACCCUUUCGAACCGUCAACGAUAUCGAUAACUAUCGCGAAGGCUCCCAGGAAGUACGGAAAGAAAGGGAAGGCACUGUCACCUAUUCCACCAGAGAACGUAGACUUUGACGAAGUUCCUGGAGCAACUUUGAGAGGGAAGACGAACGCGCGAGCGAAGCCAGUCAGGGCUUCCAAACCGGCCCCGAAGAAGGUUCCAACUCCGAUUUCUGGCAAACAAACCCGCGCGGGCGUUAUGCGACGCAGGAAGCCUGAAUUCGAGUCGCCCGAAGAGAUCAACCCGAAACUCCAGCCCUCAGAAGCUGGCACCGGGAUAGUCGCUGCACCAGAAUCAGUUGAUCAAAUUACGAAAGUAGAACCCCUUCAUAACGAUGCAACCAACACUCCCUCCGUGUCCCUUAAGCCAGAGUCGGCAUCAAGAGAGCAAGCCAAUAAGGUUUGUCGCUUCUUCCUUUGAUCAUCCACUCCCCUUAUUGCAUACAAGAUGGACAUGGACCGGACGGGCGCGAGCACCAGGACCAAGACUGGAGACACUAAUGCAGUGGUACUAACCAAGGUGUCACUAACGCCCCAAAAACUAUCAUUUCAGAUAACCGAAAAGAAACCAUCAACUCCAGAGCGUGCUCAUACUCCCAAACCAAAGAGGGCACCUUGGGAGGACCCGAUAUUCGUUGCACAACACGCCCCGGCCGAGGAAGUGAAGCCUUUGGGGGU